UGGCUACACGGUCCCUUUUUGUUUUGUUCCGCGUGGAGAGAGUUCUCCCUUCUUUCCGUUCCCAUCUGAAGUCGCGGAGAUGUCAGCCAUCACCACCAAGAAGGAGUCCGACCUGUCCGGGGAGAUCGAGGACUUCGUGGCGCUCCUGAAGCGGGGCGGGAAGCGGCCGAGGUCGGAGGAGGCUGCCCGGCAGACGGUGGGGCUCCUCCGGAGGAUCGUGGCGAACGGGCGAUGGGACAAUGCCGGAGACCUAAUGGAACUGAUUCGUAAGGAGGGUACGAGAAUGACAGCAGCUCAGCCAUCGGAAACCACUGUGGGUAACAUGGUGAGAAGAGUACUGAAGAUCAUUCGUGAGGAGUAUGGCAGACUCCGAGGCCGCAGUGAGGAGAAUGACCAGCAAGAAUCACUGCACAAACUUCUGACUUCAGGAGGACUCAGUGAGGAUUUCAGCACCUACUACUCCCCACUUAGGCCCAAUAUCAUAGAAGCUAUUAACGAACUGUUGAUUGAACUAGAGGGGACUACUGACAACAUUGCUAUGCAGGCACUGGAGCAUAUCCACUCUAAUGAGGUGAUCAUGACCAUUGGCUAUUCACGCACAGUAGAAGCUUUCCUCAAGGAAGCAGCACGGAAAAGAAAAUUCCAUGUCAUUGUGGCUGAAUGUGCACCCUUUUGCCAGGGUCAUGAAAUGGCUGUCCGGUUAUCUAAAUCCAAUAUAGAAACCACCGUUAUGAGCGAUGCGGCUAUCUUUGCUGUCAUGUCUCGCGUCAACAAGGUUAUCAUUGGAACAAAGACUAUUUUGGCCAAUGGGGCUUUGAUAGCAGUUAGUGGGACUCAUACUUUGGCACUUGCAGCGAAACAUCACUCCACCCCACUUAUUGUCUGUGCACCCAUGUUCAAGCUCACACCACAGUUUCUUAAUGAAGAUGACUCUUUUCACAAGUUUGUCUCACCACAUGAAGUACUGCCUUUUACUGAAGGGGAGAUUCUGUCUAAGGUCAAUGUCUACUGUCCUGUCUUUGACUACGUUCCUCCAGAACUUAUCACUCUUUUUAUUUCAAACAUUGGCGGCAACGCUCCUUCCUACAUCUACCGUCUCAUGAGUGAACUCUAUCAUCCAGAUGAUCGAGAACUUUGAAUUACAGACAUAAUUUAUAUUGCAGAAUACUUGGUUACCCAGGAAGAACCAACAAGUAAAUAAAACAUCAGACUGAAGAAA